UUGGCGCGAUCAUUUUGUAAACACACCGGAGGAUUUUGGAUUUACGAUACGCCCAGAAAUGUCUGGGGAAACUGAUAGCCUGGGCGUGUCCCUAAGCUACAGCGAGUUGCAGGCUAUAGACCAGGAAGAUAUCAUCCUGCUGGUCGACGUGGACUCAGCCGUAAGUAUCUGCAACGAGUGUGUCUUGAACGAAUCCGCGAAUCCUGUGGAUGUCUUGACAUUAUGGUUUAGUAAACUAUUACGGGCGUACAUCGAUGAAUCUGUGUGCUGUAUCCAAGCAGUAAAGGAAAUGUGCAAGUGGUUCCAACAGGAAUCUGACUCUGGCACUGAAGCUCACAGCGCUCAUAAAAAACUCUUGCAAGAGGCUCUUGCCUUUAUAACAGUAUCCCGGGAUCGUGUGUUAAAAGCGGGUGAACGCCUGGUUCAUAUCUGCACGUAUCUAUUGCUUUCUAUGAUAGACUUUUUCUUAGUAGGAAGCAACAGGAGUGAACAUCAGAUUGUCGUAGAUCUUCAGUUUGCUGUUCUUUCUCUGCUAAAAGAGAAUACGACUGGAUCAAAUAAAGUCCAUCCUCGCCUAACUCCAUUGAUGCAGAAGUUAAUGGAUAUCGCUGAUGUCGAGAGUAAACAAAUUAAGGAUCUUGAGUUAGCUAUGAGGACAAGUGAGACGAUUACUUACAUGUGCCUGCACUACAUGUCGUUCGUUAAUCUCAAAGAUGAACAAAUACCCGAAUGGCUAAAGGAAACUGUUUCGCAUCUAUGUGACAUGAUUCUCAGUUACUUGGAGGGACUUUACAAAAACGGCACACUCACUGUUCCCGUGGAAAACCUGGAAGAAUUUAUGGAAGUUAUGCGGACCUACUUUUUAAUGCUGGCGCAGAUAUUCGAAAACGGUGUAACCCAAAUUGACGAUGAAUUAGCAGGUUGCCUCAUGGAUUUAAUAAUGUGUGAGCAAGCGAGGCCAUCAUAUUAUUCUGACAAGGAUAUUCAACAGCUUAUAUCGAAGUAUGUUAGACCACAUGUAUUGGAUCUGUAUGAGAUGGUUUACUCAUUCCAAAAAUGUCAAGAGUAUUUAAUGUCCGGUAUUCUGUGUACACCAGAACGGGAUAACUAUGAUGUUUGCAUGGAUUUUAUAGCUGUUGUAUCUACAGACAACGCGGAUGUCCUUCCAAAAACUUGUCAAACAUUGACCAAAAUCUUUGAGUGUUUGUUUAAAGAUGCCACCAACUUUGGCAAUGCUGAUCGUUAUGAACGACUAAUAGAUGCUUUUGGUAGUCUCUUGUAUUUGGUGUCAAACAGAGAACUUCAUAGUUAUUUCUGUGCUGGCUUAUUUGAAAAGGAUAUUAUUACGCCGCAGGUGUGUGCGGAUAUACUCAUGCUGUGUUUUCGGCUGAAAGAGGUUAAUAAGUGUUGGGAAGACAAUGACAUAGAACAAGCCGUAGCUUUCUGGAAUAGAUGUAAUAACUCUUUUGCCCUAUUCUCCCAAAACCCCAGCCAAUUUCAUGUGCAGCGAUUUCUUAAGUAUUUUCACAACAUGGGAAAGCAAGAGCUUCCUGCCAUGAGCGUUCGAAAUUUUCGACACCUAUCUGCUGUAGCAACAUCAAAUGCCCAAGUGGGAAUGACGCUAUUGAAGCGCUUAGAACACAUUUCAUCUUCAGCGCCCACACAAAUUGAGGUCUACUAUGAAACGGCUGCUCUUCUAGAAGUGUUGGUUGAGCAUAAUCAAACAGACUGUUCUCAGUGGUUUCAUCGCACCUCAGAAAUAGCCAAGGAACUGAUGUGCCUUGCCAAUAGUACGGCCUUUACUAGUGCCUAUUUCAAGUUGCUAGCUCGAGGAACCAAAUCAACACAACUACUGAUACUGCGGGGACUAAACACAAAUAAUGGAUGCACCAACUGGCACCGACAAAAGUUCCUCGACACUUGUAAAGCCAGCGAUGAUGCCCAACUUAGAGUAUUUAGUGCCCGCCACGUUAUAGGUGUUGAUGUGCAACCAUUGUUUGAGGCUUUGCGAAUGAAACCAGGAACUCUGGAUUCAUUGUUAGAUAGUUCAUUCGAUGUCAGUAAGUCAAGCUACACACGCCGUUUGGAACACGUUUGCUCAGGCCCUAGCGUUAAACGAAACCGCAUUGAAAUACCGCCUAAGGAAAUCCUACGUGAAAUCUACGAGGGCUCACUCCAGUUGGGCCAGUGCAGUGAGGCCUUCGAUAAUGCCGACUGGGAUCUGUACAAAAAAAUAAUGGCCAAUUUAAAUAGAGUCAUGCAAAAAAAAAGAUCUUCAUUCAUUUAGUUUACAUGGUGCGAUUUGUUAUUUUUUGGAACGUCCAUUACUUAAAAUCACCUUGAAUAAG